GCUGGGCCGGCCCGAUGGGGGGAACCGAGGGCUUCGGGGACGCCGAGCGGCGCUUUCCUCUCCUCAGCGAGUGAGGGAGCGCAGUGGGCAGCCCCGGCGCCCGGCCACUUUCCCCGCGCGGUCCCCGGAGCGCCCUGCAGGAGGAGAAAGUCCUCGGCGGGGCCGGAUGGCGUAGCUGCGCCGCGGCGGCUGCCGGAGCUCGCGGCCGGGCGCUGGGCGGGGAAGCCUCGCUCCGCUCUCCCCCGGCUGGUGGCGGGUGGACCUCCGCUUGACACGCCGCCUCCGAGGCAAUUUGAAAGUUGGAAAGAGUUUUAAGUUCACUUCUGAUUUGCAAAGAUUGUUGAGGAUCUGAGAGCUGCAGGCGGAGGUGACUGAAUGGGACACACUUCUGGAGAAAUAAAAAUGACUUCUCCCUGUGUGAUUGCCGUGUUUGCCCUGAUGAGCUCCUGUUUGGCAACUGCAGGUCCAGAGCCCAGGGCCCACUGUGAGCUGUCGCCCGUCAACGCCUCCCACCCGGUCCAGGCCUUGAUGGAGAGCUUCACGGCCUUGUCGGGGUGCGCCAGCAGGGGCACGGUCGGGCUGCCGCAGGAGGUGCACGUCCUGAACCUCCGGGCCGCCGACCCGGGGCCCGGCCCGCCGCAGAGAGAGGUCACCCUGCACCUGAAUCCCAUCUCCUCCGUCCACAUCCACCACAAGCCUGUCGUGUUCCUGCUCAACUCCCCACAGCCCCUGGAGUGGCAUCUGAAGACAGAGAGGCUUGCGACUGGGGUCUCCAGACUUUUCUUGGUGUCUGCGGGUUCUGUGGUCCACUUUUCACCAGGAAACUUCUCCUUGUCAGCAGAAACAGAAGAAAGGCCCUUCCCCCAUGGAAAUGAGCAUCUGCUAAACUGGGCCCAAAAGGAGUACGGAGCAGUCACUUCGUUCACCGAACUCAAGAUAGCGAGGAACAUUUACAUUAAAGUGGGGGAAGAUCAAGUGUUCCCUCCCACGUGCAACAUAGGGAAGAAUUUUCUCUCCCUCAAUUACCUUGCCGAGUACCUUCAGCCCAAAGCUGCAGAAGGCUGUGUGAUAUCCAGCCAGCCCCAGGAUAAAGAGGUGCACAUCAUUGAGUUAAUCACCCCCAACUCUAACCCCUACAGUGCUUUCCAGGUGGAUAUAAUAAUUGACAUAAGACCUUCCCGAAAGGAACCUGAGGUGGUCAAAAAUCUCAUCCUGAUCUUGAAGUGCAAAAAGUCUGUCAACUGGGUGAUCAAAUCUUUCGACAUUAAGGGAACCCUGAAAGCUGUCGCUCCUAACAGUAUUGGCUUUGGGAAAGAAAGCGAAAGAUCCAUGAUAAUGACCAAGUCGGUGAGAGCCGACAUCCCUUCAACCCAGCAGAGUCUGGUCAAGUGGGCUUCGGACAACGGCUACAGCCCCGUGACGUCAUACACAGUGGCUCCUGUGGCUAACAGGUUUCAUCUGCGUCUGGAAAACAACGAGGAGAUGAGCGAUGAAGAAGUCCACACCAUCCCUCCUGAGCUACGGAUCCUGCUGGACCCUGGCGCCCUGCCGGCCCCGGACAGCCCGCCCCUCCGGGGAGGGGGAGGCCGGAACGGAGGCUUCCCCUUUCCUUUCCCCGAUAUCGCCAGGAGAGGCCGGCAGGACGGGGGAGAGGACAGGGUCCCUCAGCCAAAGGACCCUGUCAUGCCCAGCUUACAGCUGUUUCCUGGUCCCAGAGAGCCCGAGGAAGUGCAGGGGAGCAUGGAUGUUGCCCUGUCUGUCCAAUGUGACAAUGAAAAGAUGACUGUGGCUGUAGAAAAAGACUCUUUUCAGGCCAGCGGCCACUCUGGGAUGGAGCUCACCUUGUUGGAUCCUACCUGCAAGGCCAAGGUGAAUGGCACCCACUUCAUUUUGGAGUCUCCCCUGAACGGCUGCGGGACGUGGCACCGGCGGUCAGCCCCUGACGGCGUGGUUUACUCUAACUCUAUUGUGAUGCAGGCCCCAACCCCUGGGGACAGCAGUGGCUGGCCGGAGGGCUAUGAAGAUCUGGAGUCUGGCGAUAAUGGGUUUCCGGGAGAUGUGGAUGAAGGAGAAACUUCCUUCUCCAGCCGACCUGAAGUCGUGGUGUUUAAUUGCAGCCUGCGGCAAGUGAGGAAUCCCAAUAGCUUCCAGGACCCGCCCACCAGAAAUGUCACCUUCAACAUGGAGCUGUACAACACUGACCUCUUUCUGGUGCCCUCCCAGGGGGUCUUCUCGGUGGCCGAGAAUGGGCACAUUUAUGUUGAGGUGUCUGUGACUAAGGCUGACCAAGAACUGGGAUUCGCCAUCCAGACGUGCUUUAUCUCUCCAUAUUCGAACCCCGAUAGGAUGUCUGAUUACACUAUCAUUGAGAACAUCUGUCCUAAAGAUGAAUCCGUGAAAUUCUACAAUCCCAAGAGAGUGCACUUUCCUAUCCCGCAUGCCGAGAUAGACAAGAAGCGCUUCAGCUUUGUGUUUAAGUCCGUCUUCAACACCUCGCUGCUCUUCCUGCAGUGUGAGCUGACGCUGUGCACCAAGAAGGAAAAGGACCCGCAGAGGUUACCUAAGUGUGUGCUCCCCGAUGAAGCCUGCACCUCGCUGGACGCCUCGAUGAUCUGGGCCAUGAUGCAGAAUAAGAAGACGUUCACCAAGCCCCUGGCUGUGAUCCACCAUGAAGUACAAUUUAAAGAAACAGGUCCAAGCGUUAAGGAACCGAAUCCAAUUUCUCCACCGAUUUUCCACGGCCUGGACACCCUAACCGUGAUGGGCAUUGCGUUCGCGGCCUUUGUGAUCGGAGCGCUGCUGACGGGGGCCUUGUGGUGCAUCUAUUCUCACACAGGGUUUGAUUGAAGAAAGUUAAUGUAAACAAACCGGAAACAUAAACCGUUUCCCCAAAGCUGAAGACUUCAGAGCAGACGUAUAAAUGGGCAGGAAGUAAAAAAGGAAGCCAAGAUUUUAUUACCACAUCUGCCAAGGUGCCGAGCACUGUCCACCAGAGGCCCCAGCCAAUGGCUUAAACCGGAAUUUCUCAACCUUACUUAAACCCAUACCAUGUCCUCUCUUAUAAACAUAAAAUUCUCAUGUCUUUCCAGAAAGUUAUUUAAAUUUGAAAAUAUAUCUUCCUGAAUUGUAAACAGAUUAAAAAAUGAUGAAACAAAGCACUUUGUUUUCAAGUUACGCUCUUCUACACCUAAAAAUUCUCAUCUGCCUUUCUCCCUAACCCCUUCCCCUCGGUACCAAGGUUGAAACAUUCUGGCCUGAACAGAGAGCCUGUUCUGACCCCAGCACGGAACGCAGGCCAGGCUGGGGCGUCUGUGGUGCAGGGGAAGAAACGCGCGGUCUGCCUUCUGCUGCUGCUUUCUUAGAUUCCUUGCAAUUACUGGACGGAAAUCCAUGCAUUCUGAGGCCUGUCUAGCAAGCUAGUUGGUAUUGUCUGUUCUUGGACGCUUGUGACCCUCAGUAAACUGCUGGUGUGAUCAGUCAGAGGCUAGGAGCAGGCCCAGACUGUCUGCAAUUUUGGAAUUGUGUUGUUCUCCAUUGAACCAACGCCUGCCACGAUGUUUGGCCUGGCCUCGGCCUGUCCAGGGAGCCAGGCUGAAACACUGACUGCUUUAAAGGGAAGAGAAGCACUGAAGGGCAUUUUGAGAAGUCACAUCUUAAUCCUUGUCAGACUCUUCACUCCAAAUACUGCAUUCUGAGUAAAAUACUGAGUUAUUUUAGAUUAUGGCAGGAGAGAGGAAUGAACCCUGUGGUGCCGAGCACAAGGAGGUCACUCAACCCAAAGCAGAAGCUGAGGAGAGCUCAGGAGUGAGGCUUUGAGUCCUCAGCUGUUGUUCCCAGUCAGCAACCUUUGAGUAGAGGCCCGGUGACCCCUAAACAGCACAGGUUUGAGCUGUGUGGGGCCACUUACACAUGGAUGUUUUGCAGUAGUAAAUGCUACAGCACCACACGGUCCGUGGUCGGCUGAAUCCACGACGCAGAGGAGCCGUGGGUGCAGAGGGCUGGCUGUCAGUUACAUGCAGGUUAACCCCGCAUCGUUCAGGGUUAACUGUAUAUUUCAUGUGCAAGAGGAACUAAGUCUCUUAGGUGUAAUGACUCUGGGGACAUACGCACGCCUGCAAAUCAGCUUAGGACUGUCCUUUUUCAUGGACAGCUCUACCAGCACCAGAAGGGACAGUGUUUAGCAGAGGAGCACCUUAGAGGAAGUAACUUUGUCACAGGAACUCUGACACAUUCAAAUCUCAGACUCACAGUUCUUUGCAAUUUUUCCCAACCUCCUGCGUGGCCAUGAGGUUCUAGGGCUGUUGACGGCUUAUGCCGAAUAAUAGGAAUGAACUUGAAAGUACUCCAAGAAGACUCUGUAGCCCUGAGGAAUUUCUCCAGGGUGGUCACCGCAGACUUACCACGCCCCUGCUGAGCCGUGACCGGCCUUGGUCACAGAGCUGCACCCUCCAACCCUGAAGGCUACCCUCAGGCCAGCAGGGCCCGGAAGCCAGGUGGAGGCAGAAGAGGGCAAUCAAACAGCACUUGCUCCUGGAACACGCCCCAUGGAACUCCCUCCGGUAACCCCAGACUCUUGUCCGCAGCCAGGAUCACAGCCUGGGGGAAAGCAAAGCCUGGUUUUAUGGCACCUGCUGCUGCUCAUUAAAUUCCGAGGAGUGUUGUUACUGCUCCCUUCUCCCCCAAAUCAGAGACUUAAGGAGUUUUUAAAGUUUUGUUAAUACGGAAAUAGAUUUCUAAGUAGAUUGAAAAAAAAAAACACACACACCCUUUCCUGUGAUGGGUUCCAACAAGGUAAAUUUUGCUGAUUCAGAAGCUAAAAGCUAAAAACCACUGUCAUUUGGGCUCCAAACCUGUUAGCAUCACAUAUGAUACAGCUUUAGAUGGCUUAUUAAAAGCUGUAGAUUCUGGUUCAUUUUAAAGAUUGCUCAUAAGGAAUACCAGUGUCAUGCAAGCAAGAAAAAGGCUCACAUUGGGACCAAACGACAGUGUCCUAUCCAGAAACCCCUCAGUGGCUUACCUGGGCCAGCUGGCAAGUCUCCAUAAAAAGAGAGCACAGUGCAGCGGCGCUGUGGAGAGCGUCUGUGCAGACACUGACCCGGUCCAUCCAGCUUCCACGUGAUCGACGCUGUGGGAAGCAGACCCUGUACGACCUGUCUGGGGGUUCAGGCAGCACCUGCCUCUAUGUCAAAAACAGCCCUUAACUUGGGCGCCUUCCCUUUGUGCUUCCCAUUCCAUCUGCAGCACCGAGGGCAGAGCCGAGCCACGAGGUUGAAUUGCAGGUGUCUGCUCACACACCUAGACUGUCGGUUAGUCCAGAAAAGCUGGGGCCCCACCUUGUCGCGUGACAGCUUUGCGCACAGUAAGGGGUGCUUCCUUUAGGCCAUAUUCUCCUCGUUGGAAAAACUCCACUCCUGAAACUUACGUUGUCCACGAAGGUGGUGCAGAGAGGAGGGGCAGCCAGGUGGGGGUGGGCCCGGGUGGAGCCGUGGAAGCGCCACGAUCCCGGGGCCUGGUUCAGGGCCCCCGACCUCCGGUCGGUCGUGAAGGUCCUGAAAGUCAUAGGCCGUGAGUAGCAUAUGUACGUUUUCAUUUGAGGAGAGGAGCAAAAGCAUUUAUUUUUAUUUUUCAGUAAAACUUUGUAGCUUUAUCACAACAUGCACAUAGUUGGAAGGCUGAAGUGGUUCUGCAGUACUUGUUCUGAGAAACGCGAGUGCCCUCCCGCCCACUCCCUUUUCUUACCCCCGAGAGCAUCAUUUUUGACUCUUGGCUGAUUCUCUGGGACAUUAACCUCUGAAUAACCUGAAUAUAUUGCUACCUCUUGACUUACCAGUUUUAAGCCUCUUCUGUCAGCCUCUCACUGUGGACAAUGAAAAUUUAAUUCUCUUUCACCCUGUUCCCCAAUUACACAUUCAUGCCCUCUUGUCUCCCCUAUCCCCACCAUCCUCUGCACAGAAUUAUACUGAAAUUUUGGUUAGAUCAGCAUUUACUGUUUACACUAUUAUGACUCCUUAAAUACCAACCACACUUUAGCCAUGUGGUGUAAUAGUAGUAUUUCUCCGCGUGACUUUUAGUUUUUGCUAGAAUCCGUAACUGUCUCUCCCCCCGCCCCCGCGUUACCUUGGUUUCCUGUGUACUUACCACUGACCCACCUGCUGGCUCUGCCAUUGUCCCGGUCUCCUCUGCACAUGUUCAGACAUCAGGUGUUCUCCUGACUGUUUCCUUCAGGACUUUAGAUGUGUCCCCUGUCUUUCUCCUUCCUGAUUUAAAGGGAACAUAAGAGGUGCAUGUUCUCCACACCUUGCAUGUCUGAAACUGUCCUCAUUUUAUACAAACACUUGGUAGAUAGUUUGGCAAGGUAUAGAAUUUUAGGUUAUAAAUAAUUUUUCUUCAGAAUUUUGAAACCACCUCUCAUUGCCUUUUAGCUCAGAAGAUUGCUUUUGGGAAGUUCAGAGCUAUUCAGAUUCCUGACCUGUUCUUUUUCCCCCUUUCUGGAAGAAAUUUUAAAUGAUGGUGCUUGAGUCAGGUGUGUUUCCAUGCAUCAUGCUGGGCGUUCAUUGAGCCCUCUCAGUCUAGAAACUCGUGUCCAUCAUUGUUGAAAUUUUCUUAGAAUUAUUUAUUUUUUUCUCACCCCUGAUUUUAUUUGAAAGCUGGACAUUUUGAAUGGUCCUCUAAUUUUCCUUUUCUGUUUUCCACCUUUUUCCUUUCUUU